GAGUCGUCGCAGAUCAUGUCACAGGGGAUGAUGUCGUCUUCAGGCGUCACUGCCUUGCCCUUUAAGGAAGGGUCCAAGGCCAUUCAGUCUCCAGUGGUUCAGGAAGAGUUCAGGCAGAUGGUGGCUGAGCACAAAUCUUUGGUCAAGCUAGGGGAGGGCUACGGGAAGUGGGAUCGAACCGGGAAGCUCAUGUACAUCGAUCAGAUGGAGGCUAUUGAAGAUCGCUGGGGAAUCUUCAUGAAGAGGUUUGAGCUCAUGGGAGAAAUGAAUCCGGAGUUUGUCCUUCAGGUGACCGUACCGUUCUUCUCCUCCUUACGAGUCGCGCGGUCGUGA